CGACUCAGUAUCAAACAGUGAAAAGUUUUUGUCGAUUAAUUUUUUUCCAACGCCAAUCAAAUUGUGUAUUAAAAGCUAUCUAUUAAACUAAUAAAGUAAAAAAAAUCGAAAAUAGACACGUUUCGUUCGCCGAUGACACAACAAUCAUCAACUGUGCAAAUUUAAUGUAAAGAUAUGUGAAGAAAUCAUAAAGAAAAUUUGUCAGUGACUAUAAAUCAAGAAAAAUAUCAACAAAUAGUACAAAUUAUUCGCAUUUGAUGAACGUUUGAACUAAUUACGCCUGAAAACAAUUUGAAUGCCGUUGAUUAAGUGGAAUUUUCUUUUACUUGUUUGUGUGACAUGUGAUUAGAACGGGGGAGAAAAAAAUAAGCAAAAGAGAGAGAAAGACGAAAACGAAAGAAAACAAAAAUUCAAUACUCCGCAGUGUGCAAUUACUAUUUAUCAAACAAACAGAACAAAAUCGAAAUCAAUCUACUUGAGCUUAAGAAACUGUGGACUAUGUUAAUUUCAAUAUUUUUAACGGUUUCAUUUUCUCUGUUAAAUAUCAUCGUCGUAUAAAUUAAAAGUUCAAUAAAUAAAAAAAAUGUUUUUGGCGGGUAAUGUCCAUUUCGUGGAGUCAAUAAAUGUAUAUGUAUAUUUGUAAAAUGUUGAAAUAAUUCUUUUGAUAAUUUGGAAAAUACAACCCCUUGGGUAGGGUACUCAGAACGCAGAUUGUUUUUGUUGUUUUUUUUUUCUAAUUUUCGUUUUGGAAAUGCAAACGAAUGCUUUUAUGUGGACAAACUUUGUUUAAAGACCAAAUUGUGGAAGUCAAAGAAAAAAAAAUAAGUUUUAUCACAGUUGCUGUUAAAAAUCACAGUUAGUACAAUAAAAUCACUCCGAAAAUCAAAACUAUAAACUUAACAAAUUAUCAAGUGUUGCGAGUCAAAAAAUAAGCUUUCGAAAAAAAAAAACUCAGAAAUGGAGAGAAAAAGGCGACUGUAGCAGAGAGAGCGAGAGAUAUAUAGAAAAAAAAUGUUUUUUUACACAUUUCUUAAGUGACGUUCGACGAUUCAGAUUUUUUUAGAGGUUAAGUGAUAAGAUAAAAAAACGGAACAGCAGAAAUGGCACAGAAAAUAAACCAUUGAACCACUGUGUACCAUGUGCCACUUUACGAUUUUUAGUUUGUGAUAUAGACGAAAACUCAAACUAUACACCACGAAGAAAUUGUCGUAAGAACAUUAACAGUAUAACAACAAAUAUUGUGUGUGUGAAAUGCACAUGUGAAAGUUAUCGCAAAUGUUUGUGCCAUUACUUGUUGCGUCACACAAUGCUGUGACAAAGAAGAUAAUCGAAGUGAAGAAAUUUAAAUUUACCGUGAAUUUUGAUGUUGCAUUUGAUACGAUUUUAACGAGUUUUUAUUCAGUAAAUAAAUUCAAAUUGUGUGGUGAACAAAUUAUUAAUCAAAUCGAACAUAAACAAAUCAAUUGCUUGAAAAUCGGAAAAACAUGGCGGAUUGCUCCUAUGCGCGUUGCGUUCAAGAAAGACGAUUUAUAAAGCGAGAACUACAAAAAUGGAAUAAAGAUAUGGUACACAUUGUGGGUUUAGAACGAAUUGCUGAAGAAUUGAUGGGUCGCAGGAAAUGGAAACUAUAUCAAGAAGUACUUGUGCGUUCCCAUUCGAAUUCAACAGUCAAUCAAAUCAACAAUAUUACCGAAACCGUUUUACGAAAUAAAAGUUUUCUGAUAGACGUGCAUUGCAACAACGGCGAAGGGAAUUCGUCAUCGCUUCAAGAAAAUACACAAAACUCAUCACGUGCCGACAACGUCAGCCAGCAACAGCAACAAGAACUACAGAAUUUGAAACAGUGCACCAUUCCACAAGAAAAAUUAGAAAACGCUACUGGAACAGUAACGAGCAACAAAGAUAAUACAGAUAGUAAAUUGAACAUAGAACAAAGUUCCGAAAUCGGAGAUUUUUCGUUAAAAACUAACAAAAACGUAGCCGAUAAAUCACAUAAUAACAAUAGUAUUAGUGACGAAGCAGACGAUCGAGAGAAAUUGCAAACGCCCAUCGAUUGGAAGCCACAAGAAAAUUGUUACUUUUGUGUAGACGGAAAAUUACUCACCGUGAACGACAAAGGAGACUUAGUGGCAGAGUCGGGUUCGGUGCAUACCGAACCAGAACUCGCCAACAGAACGAUAAUAGAGUCAGAUUCUGACUCUAGUGUUUGUUCUGAGCAAGAAAUUUCAAAUUACAACACACCAUUGAAUAAGAUAAACAAACAAACGCCAUCCGUAGCCGAUCUGUUACGUAAUUCUUUAUUACAACAGAAUAUGACUUCCUUCGAAUCGAUGACAGCACAGUUAGCAACCAUCGCAUCGCUUAAUGGACUAUCACCGCUAUAUCCAGGGUUAAUCUAUAAUCCGUUUAUGCAUCAAAUGCAUUCGAACGCGACGACAACGACGGAAUCAACGUCGGCUGAAAGUCCAGGUGCAAAGCCAUCACCGAGUCCAGUUGAUCUGAAUACUGAACAGCCGCUUGAUCUAAGCGCGAAGCCAUCAACAACGCCAACACUUUCAAAUGAUCCGAAACAAGUUUUCAGAGCAAAACCACGUCUGUCAACUGUGGCCGGUCGAAAAACGUACACUGAAGAUGAGUUACAAAAUGCCCUUGAAGCGAUUCUCAGUGGAAAACUUGGCACACGAAGAGCUGCUGUACUUUAUGGUAUACCGAGAUCGACUUUACGAAACAAAGUCUAUAAAUUGGCUAUGGAGCAAAAACGGGAAGCAAAUCUGCUAAAUCAAGCCUCUGUUUUAGAUGACCUUGACGAUGACGACGAUAAGGAAUUGUCUGGUGGCGAAGAAGACAAACUGAAAGAUGAUUUAAUGCUCACACCCGAAGAAAUGAUUCGACUGUCAUCAUCUCGUGCAUCGUCGGCGGCGGCCAAUCUACAAAAAAUAUUCGAGAACAACAGCCCGAAAUCGGCGGAAAGUGUGGCAACGGCGCCUACCCCGCAUCAGAUGCAAUCGAACAAAUCGCAAACAUCCACGUCAACAACUUCCUCACCGCCUCUGGUCAAUAAUCCAUGGCUUAGCCCGGAUGUAUUUUCCAAUUUGCUGUUGGCCACCGGUUUAAUGCAGCAAAAGUAUGACGAUCCAGCAUUCCAAGAGAUAUUGCGCAGUUUAUUGAUGCGACAACAGGAAUUGAUGAAGCUUAAUACAGCGAAUCAAGCGACAUCACCAUCAAAGGCAACAACGGCCGAUCAUUUGAACAAUGGUAAGCCAACGGAUUCCAGAAAUCUAAUGCACAACAUUUCAUUGCUUCAGCAACAACAAAAUAGACUGAUCAAGUCCGAAACACCAGACACAGUGCCGACAUUAGAUUUGAAUAAUGCCGAUGAAGCGGCUGCACUUCUAAAAAUUCCGUCCUACAAAUUACUGGCUGGUUCAUCGUCAUCAACCAGUGGCAAAAAUGGUGAUAAUAUAAACGAUUCAACACCACAAACCACACCGCCAUUACAUUCGCGCAGUCCUCAGGCGCAUCUAUCCGCUGACAUUUCACCGCCAGUCAAUCGACAAAACAAUGAUUCUCAAUCACCGCCGAUACCUGGCAUUGGCAGCAAAGGGAUGUUCUCGUUGCGCGAUGUAAUUGCCAAAAGUAUCAAUCGAACAUUUAGUCAACAGAAUGCGGAAACAAUGAAUAAGCCUUCCAUGGAUAAUCUAGAAUACAAGCGGCCAAGCAUAUCGGUCAUUCGGAAUUUGGGCGGAACCGAUAUAACAAAAUUUGCCACCAAUCCAAAUAUGAUAACAUCGAUGCAUUCACAUUCGCACCCACAUCCCAAUAACUCCAGUUCGCCAUCAAAUUUAAAUAAUAGCGGAAAAGGUACACGGCCCAAACGUGGAAAAUAUCGCAAUUAUGAUCGUGACAGUUUGGUUGAAGCAGUUAAAGCUGUUCAACGUGGUGAAAUGUCGGUUCAUCGAGCCGGCAGCUAUUACGGUGUACCGCACUCAACGCUAGAAUAUAAAGUCAAAGAGAGACAUUUAAUGCGACCGCGAAAGCGUGAACCAAAACCACAACCAUUGGACAGCAGUGGUGGCAGCACAUCAUCGAUAUCAUCGGUAAAAAGCCAUGAUUUGGCCGGUACGGUUAGCGCAAGUAUGCGUGGUCUGGACAAAGCAUCAAAAUCAACAAUGCAAACAACAAAAACACCGAUGAAAACGCCACCAUUUCCGGCCGCAUCAGAAAAUGGCUUAAAAAUGGGUUUAUUUGAUCCGUCACAAUUACAAUAUCCACCUCAAUUAUUUUGGCCGCAUGCACCUGGCUUUGGAGGUUUACCGAUCGAUUUUCCUCAACGAACGUCCGGUGCAAGUGCAGCCGCAUUUGGCGGCAAUGCCGAAAGCUAUUUUGCAACACAAAUGAUGCGCUUCCAAGAAGAUGCAUUACGUUCAAAUGCCAACAAUUCCAAUAGUAAAUCGGAAAGCGAUUUAGCUAAAUUGAAUAAAAAAUGCAAAAACGAACGUGAAUUAACGCUAGAAAAUCUGUACGAAAGCGGUGCGAAUGGUUCAUUUUUGGAUGGUAUCAUUCGUCAUAGCUUAGAUAGAAAAUCCGAAUCGAUUCCACAUGGUGCACUUUUAGAUCAAUUAGUCAAAAAUAAUCGACAGUCGGUAUGCGGCGAUACAGAAAAUAAUACCAACAACAGUAAUAAUAAGCGUGCGGCAAGCCCAUUUAGUUUUGUACAUCAGGCAAUCAAACGGGAACGAACGGGAUCAUCGUCGGGUGACACAGAUCGUGAAUCUGUUGAACGUGACAUUUCAAAGGAAUCGGUUGAAACAUUGCUGAAAUUCCGUGACAAUCUCACCCUGCGCAUGGAUGAGAAAAAUCUCAAAGACUCAGCAGAAGAUUUGAACGGGAUAUCAUUAGACAACAAGAGUGUUCGUAACACAGAUGCCGACGACAGUUCAUAGAAAUUAAGAGCAAAAAAGUGAAAUUAAUUUUUAUGCAUUUUCGUAUACUCAAUGUUAAAAAUGAAAUUUUAUGACAAGACAAACAAACAAAACAAAUGAGAAGAACGCAAGUAAGAAGAAAAGCGCGACAUGAAUUAUUAAUUGAUUAAAGAUGCGAUGCAAAGCAGUCAAAUGAGAAGAAAAAACAAACAAACAGAAUUAGAAAUUAUUAUGAUCGUUUUGUAGCGUAAUGAAAAGUGCGUAGGGUAAAAUCGAAACAAACACAUUAGACACACUUAUAUAUUUGGCAUAUACAUAAUCGCAAACUGUUUUUUCUAUUGUGCAUGUAUGUGUGCGCGCGCAUAAAUGUUGCACCACUAAAAAGAAACGUUUAUUAACAAUUAGGAUGAACAACACGAAAAACAAAACGAUAACAAUAAAACAAAACAAAAAAUGAAGAAAGAAUGAAGAAAAAAGAAGGGAGGAAAACAACAAUUUUAUCAUUUAUAUAGUAUUUAUAUAGCUAUCUACAUAAAAUGAUUAUAUUAUCUUUUUUAUACAAAUAUAUAUAUCUUUCGUUUGACAAUCGACCUAUAGGCUCCUGUACAAACCAAAAAAAAGAAGAAUUUCCAGUGAAACUAACAAGAACAACAACAACUACUACAUAAAAAAAUCUCUUAUAGCGGGAAUUUAACAAGAAGUGACUAAAAGUCAAAUGAAAAUAAAUGGGAAGAAAAAAAAACCGAAGAGAGAAAAGAGGAAUAAUUACGCGGAAACCAGUUAUAAAGCAAAAAAAAACUUGAUGCCAUUUUUUUCGUUCACAAUUCCAAUUUCCACACAUGAAUUAAGUGAUAUUUCAAUUUUAAACAAUCCAAAGCCAUGCGCAUGCAAUGGACUGAGAAUUAGAGCUUUUCGUAAUUUGUGUUUGAAUGAAGAAAGACCUCGUUUCGUCGUUCAUUCAUCAAAUGUAGAUCAUCCAUUUCAAAUGAUCCAUUUGAAAACACAUUGAUUGGUAUUUGUAGUAACAAAACAAAAAAUGGCAGGUGACUCACAUUUAGAAGUUGCAAUAUUUUGCCAGAGAGCUCCUUCUAACACAAUUCAAACCAAUUGAAAAAGUCCACCACAUCAAAACAGCUUAACCGAAAUAAUAAUCAUAAUAAUAGAACAAUCAUCGCCGUCACAUGAAGCUAAAAAUAAAAGAUAUCAAACAAAAGUCUAUCAGUGAUCACCAAUACACACACAAUGUUCAACCGAAUCGCAAUAUCAACAAUAAAAACAAAAAUAAAACCCCUGCCACAUUCCCGUCACUUCUUCAAAAAAGACUUUUCAUUCCCCCAUUAAUACUGUAAUAUUUUCAUGUGAUUUUUCUUUCGUUAAAAAAAUAAAUUUGUAUCCACUUCAGAAAAUUCUCUAAAAUCUUGAUUAAAUGAUAACAAACAAAAAAAAAUUAUAUAUUAGAUAUUGAAUGUCUAUUUUAUAUCAGGCACAUUGACCAAACCAAAAGAGAAGAAAAAAAAAUCAUUAUGGAGAUAUGAACAGUUGGAAAUAAACCGAUUGAAAUUUGUAUGCGAAAUAUAUAGUUUGUUAUAGUUAACGAACAAACUUUGCUGCAACAUUCUGAUUUCAAUAUUCAGAUAAUUUCAAGCUGUCAAAUCAAGCGGCGACAAAGUAUAUUUAAACACACAUACACAAAAACAUACAGGUUUAAUUAUGGAAUCAAAACAAAUGAAGAAUAAUUAACACACACUCACACACAUACAAACAAAAAAAAAUCAUAUACUUUUUUGGCUAUGAGAUUUAUAACGUUUCUAUACAAACGAAACCAAAUCAAAUUAAUCGUAAAAUCAAAGACUUAAUUGUAUUUAAAUAUGGGACUGGUUGCUCCAACGUGUGUUUUGAAUGCCUACCGCCAGAUACGAUGACAUCGGACAAAAUUUAUGCUAAAAAUUACUAUUUUUUUAGUACAAAAACACAUCUCUCUCGGUACCACAUCUAUCGGUCGUCUUCAAAAUAUUCAUAAUAUGCAUGCAUAAAACACACCGGCGAGUAAUUUUGAAAGAAAAGAAAAAAAAAACAAUGAAGUGUCUAUCAAAUCAAAUCGUGAAUAAAUAUGUUAUGUGAGGAAAAUGAAUCAUUAUAUAUGUAAAACUAAACUAUGUAUUGAAUGAAAAUUAAGCAAAAUUAACGAUUUACACACAACCACAAAAUUUAUAUCAUUAUACAAUUAUAUGACUAUAUACUUCGGUGUUUCAAAAUUAUUGUAUUAAUGGAUGAGUAAACGACAAAAAAAAACAUUUGUAUUAGGAAGCAUUCCAUAUAUGCAUAUAAAAUGUGUAGUAUUUUAACAAGUUAUAAUCGUUUGAUGUUUAUAAAAGUGAGAAAAAAACCCACACAGAAACCCUAAAUUUUAAGAAAAUAUGAAAGCCGGUUGCGAAACUACUUUUGACAUUCGAAUCACAUACCGCGACCAGCUUUAACCAUACUUUUCACAGCGAAACGACACGAGAUCCGCAUCAUUUAACAGAGCAAUGCACUCAUGAGGCUGGCACUUUUUUUUCCGCUGUUGUUGUUCUGUGCGUGAUCAAAAAUCCAAACAAAACCACCAUAAUUGAAUGACAGAAAAAAAAACAAUCAUAAUUGUAAUGAUUCCACGAGUCACAUAAAUGCAUUGAACUGUCAAACGUUGCUCAUUCGCAAACCAUAAAACAUACCAUAUUCGUUUCAAAGAAGAAGAAAAAAACCGAAAUGUCCAUCGACUGAAAAGUACGGUUUAACAUUAAUUUUUGCUAUAAACAUUUUUUCCACUGGGCGACAAGUCUAGACCAUCAACAAAAAAAAAAAUCAUAAUAUUAUAUACUGUGUAUUAAAUAUAAUACUACAUAAUAUAUGUGUGUGUCUUCACGUUGCGUAUACCUCAAUGAAAACAAAACAAAAAAAAAAUAAAAAUAAAAAAAUAAUCAUAGAUAUUUCUUAUUUCGGUGUAAUGAUCAAAACAUCCUUAAUGGUUCGAUACUUUCGAUUUUGGAACCGAAUAUUUUGCCACCGCGUGGUUAUAGUUUAUUAUUAUUGAAUGGAAAACAAAAUAUAUACAAUUAUACGGGGACAAAAGCACACAUACACAAAAAUCAAAUGUGUGAAACCAUUUUUGGAACAAAAAUAAAAUGCGGAUAAUAUAAGGGAAUAAUUUGGAAAAUCAAUGCGAUUGUUUCAGAAUGUAUUCGAUUCAUUUAGUCUAUAAUAUAUAAAAAAAGAGUCUUCAAACGAUUGAAGCAAAUCACAAUCGUGUGCCUAUCAUAUCAAAAUCGAUUGGUUUGUUUUUUUUUAUUGGGUCCUUGUAUACACCGAUUCGAUUAUUCUUUCGACCAUCCGAGAUAGAUAUUGUCAAUCCAUUUGUUUAUUCUUGUAACCAGAAAUCGCAUUUGACACAAAAAAAAUCGAUCAAAAAUUCAAUUUUGACAACAGAAAAACUCACAUCAAACUCUUUAGAUCAUCGUUAAUUAUUGCUAUUCAUUCAACCAACAAAACACAUUCACAUUUCAUUUUCUGCAUUCCAAAACAGUCCAAAACAAGAGUUAAACCAUGUUGUUUAUUGUAGAAUUCAAAUUGGAACAUAAGAAGGGUUAUUGGUCAUGUAAAAUCCUGAAUAUUUCUGUCGAACGAUGUCUUUUUAUUGAUAGAUUAUUGAGCGAUUAGAACCGAUAAUGAUGUCUUUUAAUAUUUGAGCAAUGUUACUACUCAAUACUACUCAAACAUCGGAAGUAACAACUCAAUGAGAGGAACAAAAAAUAAUAAUAAUCCAAGUAAUGCAAAGCAGAAAAUCUACGAAAAGCUAUUGAACUAUAGAGUAUAUAUAUAUUUUCGGGAGAAUGCAUUGUACUGUACAUCUACAACAAAAUAAGACAAGUAGACGAGAAAAAAAAUAGUUCAUCAACAUCUAAGACAAACACAAUAUAGAAGAUGAAAAUUUAUGCAAAUGCUGGAAACGAGUAUACAGAAAUUAUAUACACUUAACACACACAAACACACACACACACACACACACAUACAAAACUAAAUGAUAUAGAAAUAAAGAGUAUAUUUAUUACUCUAUUUAUUACGGAAUGGAAAAUGCAUCCAUAUUCUCACACGUCUUGCGAAUAGCUGAUAUAUUUUCCGCUGGAGCGAAAGGGGAAAAAAUAACAAGUAAACGACGAAUGAAUGAAAAAAAAUGAUGAAAGAAAAAAAAAAUUCAAAUGAAGCGAAACAAGUUUAAAUUUAAAGAAAAAAAAAUCAACAAAAAAUAUUAUAUACACUAUCUGUGAUUAAUAAUCCAAAAUUUUGAUGUAUAUUUUCUCAGCAAGUAUCAUAGCAAACAGAAAAUUUAAUGCGUUUAAAACAAAACGGGAAGAGAAAAUAGAUAAUUUACAUGAGCAAAACAAAAAGUGAAGAAAAUAAUAGGAGAAAUGCAGAGAGCGAAAAAUGAAAAACAAAAAAAAAAAAAUAUAUGAAAAACAGGCGUCUGCACGAGAUUUGGUAGAAGUUUUUUUUAUUUAUCCUUUUUGCCAUUUAUAUUUGAAGUAUAACGUUUAAACAAAACAAAAGAGAAAGAAAUGAGAAAGAGAUAAUCACACACAUAUACACACAACAAGUAAACCAUGUGAAUGAGUUUGAAACAAAAGCUGGGAAUAAAAUCACGUGGAAAGGUUUAGUAAAUGUGAAUAAAAAAAAUACAAGUUAAAUUAAGAUCGCACAUUUUGCCAUUUAGGAUAAAUGAAACGGGGAAAAUCAUGGACAUGUGGAACGCUAAAUGAUAUGAAAAUAUUGUAUUUUUUCAAUUUUCGAAUGAAAGAACAAAAAGAAAUGAAAACAAACUACAAAAAAAUGCCGCCGACACCGCCACCGCUGAAUGAACUAACAAAAAUAAUUAAAAAAACAAACAAACAAAUAAUUCUUUGGUAAUUUUUCUGCAGACGUAUAUUUUCUACUUUUUAAAUUUAGUGAAACAACCGGUACAUUGAAUGGACUUAGAGAUUAAAAAAAAAAA